AUGGCGCCUAGGUCUGCAAAAGCUAAGAAAGCUGUUGAUGUAAAAUUAGCAGAAAAUGAUGCACCAAAAAAAGGCAGGGGCAAAGGAAAAAAUGUAAUAGAACCUGAGCCUGAAGUAGCAGAUGUAGAUUUAGAUGAUAAACCUGUUGCUGUAGCAGAAAAAAAGACAGUAAAGCGAGGUAACAAUAAAACUACAAAUGAUGACCAGCCCAGUGAUAAAAAUAAUGAAGUUGCUGUACCAGCCAAGAAAGGCAGAAAGAAGAAAGUAGAAAGUGGUGAUAAUGAAGAUAAACCAGCUUCUAAUGGUGACCAGUCAACUGAUGAGUCUUCAAGCCAGGUUGAAGAGAGUGAACAAAAUGAUGAAAUUCUAGAAGCUAAUGGACACACUGAUGAAGCUCCAAGUUCUGGUAGGGGCAGGAAGAAGCAAGCAAAGCCAGCUGCUGAAAAACCAGAAACAAAGUCGGGUAGGGGUAGAAAAAAUGCAAAGCCAGAGGUUAGCGAAGAUACAGAAGAGGCUGUGGAAGAGAAACCUAAGUCUGGUGGUAGGGGGAAAGGUCAAAAAACUGCAAAAGUUGACAUAGAACAAGAGGAUGGAUCUGACAUAGUUGAAGAGGAAGAAAAACCAAAAGGUAGAAAAAGGGCUCCACCUAAAAAAGUAGAGGAAGAUGUUGACGACGAAGAACAACAAGAGGAAGAGGAGGAGAAACCAGAACCUAAAAAAAAAGAGCCUAAAGCUAAAAAAGGCAAGAAAGCACAAUUAAAAGAAGAUGCUGAGGUUGAAGAAGAAAAUGAAACAUCUUCCAAAAAGAGGAAAGCUAACAAAAAAGAAGAAAAAGCCAAAGAUGAAGAAGAUGCUCCUGAUGCAAAACCUGCCAAGGGCAAAAGGGGCCAAAAGAAAGCUGCAGAACCCGUAGAGGCUGAUGAUGCUGAACCCACAACUAAACGACGACGUAAAGCUGCAGAGGAAAAGGCUACAGAAGAUUCGAAUAAGACAGCACUGACUAAAAAGAAAUCUCUAACAGAUUUCGAAUCUCUAAACUUCUCGAAUACUUCUGUAAACACUAAUGGUAAACAAUGGAAUUUUAAAAUAUCGAGCUGGAAUGUUGGUGGCAUCAGGGCUUGGCUAUCUAAAGGCUGUAUAGACUAUUUGAAAUAUGAAAAACCAGAUAUUUUAUGCCUCCAAGAAGUGAAAUGUGGUCAAGACAAACUGCCAAAAGAAUUAACAAAUAUACCUGGCUAUCACGCUUACUGGUUGGCUGGCGAGAAGGACGGCUACGCUGGCGUAGGCUUUUAUACUACUAAACUCGCAAUGAACGUCACAUACGGAUUGCAAAACGAAGAGUUAGAUACAGAAGGUCGCCUAAUAACUGCUGAGUAUGAGCAAUUUUAUUUGGUGUGUACUUACGUGCCGAACUCAGGGAGGAAACUAGUCACACUACCUAAGAGACUGCAGUGGAACGAGGAGUUCCGUAAAUACGUUAAGGAAUUAGAUAAGAAGAAGCCUGUGAUAAUUUGUGGUGACAUGAAUGUUUCACACAAAGAAAUAGAUUUAGCUAAUCCUAAGACGAAUAGAAAGAAUGCAGGUUUUACUGACGAAGAGCGACAAGGCAUGUCGGAAUUGCUGGGAGAUGGUUUUGUUGAUACAUUCAGGCACUUGUAUCCUGACAAAACAGAUGCAUACACGUUCUGGACUUACAUGUCUAACAGCAGAGCUAGAAACGUAGGAUGGCGUUUGGACUAUUUCAUCAUUUCAGAAAGAUUAUUACCAUCGUUGUGUGAUAAUGUUAUAAGAGAUGAGGUUUAUGGAAGUGAUCAUUGCCCAUUAUCACUAUUUCUGCAUUUAAGCAGUGCCGACAAACCUAAAGAAUAG